AUGGCCCCCGAAACUUGCGAAGUCCCCAUCAUGCUCGAUCUCGAAGGCAUGACCUACGAGGACAUCGUCAAGCUCAACCCCUUCUAUGAGGAGUACAGGACCUUCUGGGACGAUCCUCGCGAUGCCUCGGACGUCUCGCUCUGCAACGACAGCUUGUCGAGCUCUUCCUCGCUUCCCUCAAUCACCUCUGGUUCCGACUUCCCUUCUCCUUCCAUCGACAUGGCCACUUCCCCUUCAUUCCGCAUCAAGCCGAUUGCGCAUGGUGCUCUCCCUCGCAGUCCCAAGGUCACCUUCCACGGCGGCGGCCAGUUCAAACCCACCUACGACGAGCAUCAUGAGCUCGAGUCCAGCCAGGUUGCAAUUGUCGACGAUGAGGAGUUCCCGAAGAGAGCCUUGUCCCCUGUGCGGGAGUGCAGCGAUGACGACGAGCUCGUUGACACUCUCGAAAAUCCCUUCAGCUCGGUCCGGUCCUCGCACAAGCAGCUUUUCGGCAGCAAGGGCUGGCUCGGCUGCACUGCUGACCUGGAGGCACCGCUGCCUAAGAAGCCGAAGUACAGGAGCCUGGUGAGUCUCGGGAAGAAGUUCAAGCAGCACGUCGAAGGAAUCGCCAUCGACAUGGUCAAAGCACAUCCCAUCCUUCUGCACGUUCCCCGUCAGUCGAAGUUCACGCCGACCUCGACAUGCGCCGUCUCGCUUGACGCCGCCGCACAAUCGAAGCUAUACUCGGAGAUGGAGAUGAUGAUUUGCGUCAGCGCCAACCAGUUCCUCAUCCAAGAGCACGCAGGCGGUCGUGUAUCCGAAGAGUCCAUCAACAAGAUCAACAAGUUCUGGGCCUCCAAAAAUCGACCCGGCGUGGUAGAGUUCCUGUAUGACCAAGCCACGCAGCGUCAGCUGAUCCUGUCCAACAUUCGAACCCUGCACUUCAACGGCGAGAGCUCAACCAAUCCCGUAGCCCUGCACUCGAAUCUCCACAAUUGGAAAGCCGUCGUCAAGGAAAUGAGCGUCCGAACAUUCUGUGCACCGGACAGCGUCAUCCGCAAGCACAUGCACGACAUCCAGAAACUUCUCGACAUGCUGGGCGCGCCACUUGCCACGUUCCUUGCUUUUGAAGAGCUGCAGAUGCGGACAUUGGUCUGGAUGAAGGAGCAGCGGGCGCGGAGAUAUCUUGCUGAAGGUGGGCGGACUAUCUCGCCGAGCACCAGCUUUUCAUCGCGCUGA